AUGUGCAGGGCAUGUUGCAGACACGCAGGCAGGCUGCCCUGUGCCCCCACAGGCCCUGGCCCCUACCCACCAGCGCAUCACAGCGUGGUUGUGGCAUCACAAUGGGUGUCAGUGGCACCGAGGUGGCCUCGGCCACCAGCACCCGCCCGUGCCCCAGUGCGCAGCUGUGCCAGCGCAAGAGAGCAGGGAGACGUGGGCUCCCGGCUGAGCGGCACAGCAGAGCACGGGGACAGCGGUCCCAGCGUUUCCCAGGCCUGCUCGGCUCCUGGCGCUGCUUGGCCUUGUCACCUGGCCCUCGGCAGCGCUAUGGGGCAGAUGUGCUGUGGUGUGCGGGGCUCUGCCGGCCCGGCUCCCAGCUCGCAGGCCUCGCCGCGGCCCCCUGCGUUUUUCAGGAGCUCCGAGCUCCUGCUGGUUGAGCGUGCGCAGGUGACGCGGCACCAGCGCACGCAGGGAAGGCACCUCCUACUCUUCCCCGACGCUGUCGCCUUCGCCAAAUUCAACUGCCCUCUCCCUCAGCGCCCUGCACGCACACAGCGCUGCUCCUGCUGCUGGAGCCUGACGCUCGCUUUCCUCUCACCGGCAGCUCGUGGACCUCCCCAGAAGAGGAGGUCAAUCCCGUGGCCGUUUGCUCGGCACCGCAGCUCGGCCAGCGGGAAGUGCCCAGAGGUGCCGGUUGCCCAGAGCCUUCUGUUUGGGCAGCCCCUGGACAGGCUCUGUGGGGCAGAGGGGAGCCUGCCCCAGCCCAUCCAGGAUAUCCUGGGAAUCUUGUACAGGGAGGGACCCACUGCAGAGGGCAUUUUCCGGAUUGCUGCCAGCGAGCGGGAUCGUCGGCAGCUCAGGGAAGCCCUCGAUACAGGAGGCAGCGUGGAGCUAGAGAGCAAGCCUGUCUACCUCCUGGCUGCUCUCUUGAAGGAUUUCCUUCGAAACAUCCCCUCCACGCUGCUCUCGGUGGCCCUGUACGAGAGAUGGAUGCAGGCUCUGGCUAAGGCAAGCAAGCAGGAGCAGAUGCAAGAGCUGAAAGAGGUGGCUGAGCAACUGCCGCCAUCGAAUCAGCUCUUGCUGAAGAACUUGCUUGCCGUGCUCAAGCACAUCAGCCAGAGCUCUGCACUGAACAAGAUGACCUCCAAGAACCUGGCCAUCUGCAUUGGGCCCAGCAUGCUGGGUCCAGGCCAGGACAGCACCUUGCCGCUCCAGCUGCAGAUGGAGAUGAACAUCAAGGUGUGUGGAAGAUGCCACGGAGCUUCCCGCGUUGGCCACAGCUGA